AUGGGUUUCACUGCGCCGGGUCUCAAGCCUACCGGGCACCGGCUCUUGCUUAGGCCGCCCGUCGCGGGAUCUCACCGCCGGAGCAGCGUCGGCAUCCCGACAACGGCCUCCCCGAAUCCUUUCUCCUCCUCCCCGCCGAAGACCUCUCCGGCGAGGAGGGCCGCCGUGAGAGCACUGUGCAACGGAGGAGCAGCAGGGGAGGAGGAGGAGGAGUCACGGGAGAUCUCGCCUCGGCGCCCUCCUUCGUCUCCCUCCUCCGCAGGCUGGCUGUCCAGGCGAGCGGUGGUGGCGGCGGUGGUGGCGAUGAUGGUGGGCGGCGUGGGGGAGGAGGAGGCGGCGGUGGCGCUCGGGCCGGAGGGGCCGCUCGUGGAGGAGUUCUGGGAUAACGUGAGGAGGUACGGACUGUACGCUCUGACGGUGAGCACGGGGGCCAUCUACACCAUCCUGCAGCCCAUCGCAGAGCUUCUGCGGAACCCUCUCUCUGCCAUCCUCCUCCUCGUCAUCCUCGGCGGCAGCUUCUUCCUCCUCUCGCAGGUCCUCAGCUUCAUGGUCGGCAUCAAUGACUUCUCCUACGACUACGCCAGCUGA